CAAAGAGAGCUCCCUUGGUGAGCCAGAAUUACCACCCGACUCUGACACCUUGGGGAUGGACGGCAGCUACCUUGGUGUAAAGGAGGCUGGGGUGAAAGGGCCCCAGGACCGGGCCAGUGCCGACCUCCCCAGCCCACUGGAGAAGGCCGAUUCAGACAGCAACAAGGGCAAGAAGCGGCGGAACCGCACCACCUUCACCAGCUACCAGCUGGAGGAGCUGGAGAAGGUCUUUCAGAAGACCCACUACCCAGACGUGUACGCGCGGGAGCAGCUGGCCAUGAGGACAGACCUCACCGAGGCCCGCGUGCAGGUUUGGUUCCAGAACCGGAGGGCCAAGUGGAGGAAGAGGGAGCGUUUUGGGCAGAUGCAGCAGGUUCGAACCCACUUCUCCACUGCCUAUGAGCUGCCCCUGCUCACCCGAGCUGAGAACUAUGCCCAGAUUCAGAACCCAUCCUGGAUUGGCAACAAUGGAGCUGCCUCGCCAGUGCCAGCCUGUGUGGUCCCCUGUGACCCGGUGCCUGCCUGCAUGUCCCCUCACGCCCACCCCCCUGGCUCGGGGGCCAGCGGUGUCACCGACUUCCUGAGUGUCUCUGGGGCUGGCAGUCAUGUGGGCCAGACACACAUGGGCAGCCUGUUUGGAGCAGCCGGCCUAAGCCCAGGCCUCAAUGGUUACGAGCUCAAUGGCGAGCCCGACCGCAAGACCUCGAGCAUCGCGGCCCUCCGCAUGAAGGCCAAGGAGCACAGUGCGGCCAUCUCCUGGGCCACAUGACAGGGCACCUCCCGUCCCGACCCUGUGCCCUCCCCCACCUCGGGGCCCUGGCCACGCCCAUGCUUUCCAGGUCCCCAGCCUCCCACUCGACUUUCCUCUUAGGAACCUGGCCUGGGCCAGGAGCCUGACCCUCAGCACUUUCAGCCGCCCGAUGUCCAAGGCCCAUGGACUGCUGGGAAGGAGGGGGCAGCAGGCCCCGAUCCCUCCCUGG